AUGGCGGACGCACCUCCUCCUCAGCCGCCGUCCGGAUGGAACUUUGCUGCCAUGGCCGGCAAUGUCGUGCAGUUCCUGAGGCUGCCGGUGCUGGCAUCUGGGGGUCUGGCGGUUCUUGCCAGUGGCAUGCUAUAUUUUAAACAAAAUGAACUUAUUUACCCGCGAAACAUCCCCGUGGAUGCUCGAACAAACGUUCCAAAGCCGUCGGACUUUGGAAUGGCCGAUUUCGAAGACCUACGCAUCCCAACGCCAGACGGCGAAGUGUUGUCCGCGUACUUCAUUCGCCCUUCUAAUAAGAAGAUCAAGCCAAAGGUCACGAUUCUCAUGUUCCACGGAAAUGCGGGGAAUAUCGGCCACCGCGUACCUAUCGCCCAUAUGAUGGAGCAGGAGCUUAAUUGCAACGUCUUCAUGCUAGAAUAUAGAGGCUAUGGGUUUUCUACCGGCACACCAGACGAGCAAGGACUGAAGAUAGACGCUCAGACUGGGCUGGAUUAUAUCAGGCAGCGGGCAGAGCUGCAGGGUACCAAGAUAGUCAUUCACGGGCAGAGUCUGGGUGGAGCCGUCGCUAUCGACCUUGUCGCGAAGAACCAGAAAGAGGGAGAUAUCAAGGCUUUGCUGUUGGAGAACACCUUUCUCAGCAUUCGAAAGUUGAUACCGAGUAUCUUCCCAGCCGCGAAAUACGUCACUAGACUAUGCCACCAGAACUGGCUGAGCGAUGAGAUGUUACCCAAGAUCACUACCGUUCCCAUAUUAUUCUUAAGUGGCCUGAAAGAUGAGAUCAUUCCGCCCGAUCACAUGGUAAGGUUAUACAAGCUGGCCAAAUCGACUGAUUGUGUCUGGAGGACUUUCCCUAAUGGCCAGCAUAACGAUACCGUCGCCGAACCAGGAUAUUUCGAAUAUAUCCACGCCUUCAUCGUCGAGGAGGUGCUGGAUUGA